GGACGCGGAGAGCGGGGUGCUGUCUCCCCGGGUCCCCACCCUCAGCCAGGCGGGCACCACGGCAGGGGCUGAGCCACCAUCAUGGAAGGGAGAGGACCAUACCGGAUCUACGACCCUGGGGGCGGCGUACCUCUGGGCGAGGUGUCCGCAGCUUUUGAGCGCCUAGUGGAGGAGAAUUCCAGACUGAAGGAAAAAAUGCAAGGGAUAAAGAUGUUAGGGGAGCUUUUGGAAGAGUCCCAGAUGGAAGCGUCCAGGCUGCGGCAGAAGGCAGAGGAGCUGGUCAAGGACAGUGAGCUGCUGCCACCGCCGUCUCCCUCUUUGGCCUCCUUCGACCACCUGGCUGAGCUCACAGGAAAGGAUGCAGAUGUUCCAGCAACCUCCGCUGACCCUGCACACCCCAGCGACAAGCCAGAGCCAGUCCCCAAACCUCCAGCAAGUAGCACCUCCUCUGAAUUUGAAGUGGUCCCUGCCGAGGGGCAUUCUUCACCAGAGAGCGGUGGCCACACCAGAAAUACCAUGGUGACGGGCCGCAUCCCCUCCCCACUGAUGCUGCACCUGCAGCGCCUGGAGACCACCCUGAGCGUGUGCGCCGAGGAGCCUGACCACAGCCAGCUCUUCACGCACCUGGGCCGCAUGGCCCUCGAGUUCAACCGGCUGGCUUCCAAGGUGCACAAGAAUGAGCAGCGCACCUCCAUCCUGCAGACCCUGUGUGAGCAGCUUCGGAAGGAGAAUGAGGCCCUGAAGGCCAAGCUGGACAAGGGCCUGGAACAGCGGGAUCAGGCUGCUGAGAGGCUCCGGGAGGAAAACCUGGAGCUCAGGAAGUUGUUGAUGAGCAGCGGCAAAGAUGGUGCCUCCAGAUGGCCAGGCUCACCAAAGAUGGAAGGCACGGGCAAGAAGGGGGCAGCCGCACAGCAGCAGGCUGGUGAGACAGCAGGUAAAGUCCCAGAGGUGGGAGCCUUGGGUGCUGCUGAGAAGAAGGUGAGGAUGCUGGAGCAGCAGCGCACAGAGCUACUGGAAGUGAACAAGCAAUGGGACCAGCAUUUCCGGUCCAUGAAGCAGCAGUAUGAGCAGAAGAUCACUGAGCUGCGCCAGAAGCUGGCGGACCUGCAGAAGCAGGUGACUGACCUGGAGGCCGAGCGGGAGCAGAAGCAGCGCGACUUUGACCGCAAGCUCCUCCUGGCCAAGUCCAAGAUAGAAAUGGAGGAGACCGACAAGGAGCAGCUGACGGCAGAGGCCAAGGAGCUACGCCAGAAGAUCAAAUACCUGCAGGAUCAGCUGAGCCCGCUCACCCGGCAGCGGGAGUACCAGGAAAAGGAGAUUCAGCGGCUCAACAAGGCCCUGGAGGAAGCACUGAGUAUCCAGGCCUCCCCUUCAUCUCCAGCAGCAGCAUUCGGGAGCCCGGAAGGAGCUGGAGGCCUGCUAAGGAAACAGGAGCUGGUCACGCAGAAUGAAUUGCUGAAACAGCAGGUGAAGAUUUUUGAGGAGGACUUCCAGAGGGAGCGCAGCGACCGGGAGCGCAUGAAUGAGGAGAAGGAAGAGCUGAAGAAGCAGGUGGAGAAACUGCAAGCCCAGGUCACCCUGUCACAUGCCCAGCUAAAAGCCUUCAAAGAUGAGGAAAGGGCGAAAGAUGCCCUGAGACAGCAGAAGAGGAAAGCAAAGACCUCGGCAGACCGCUACCACCUGGAGCCCCACCUGGAGCAUCUCUACGGGGCCUACCCCUACGCCUACCCGCCCAUGCCCCCCGUUGUGCCGCACCGUGGCUUUGAGGACUGGUCCCAGAUCCGCUACCCGCCUCCCCCCACGGCCAUGGAGCACCCACCCCAGCUUCCCAACUCGCGCCUCUUCCACCUGCCAGAAUACACCUGGCGGCUGCCCUGUGGAGGAAUACACAAUCAGAGCUCCCAAGUGAUGGGGUCACCCACGGCCAGGCCUACGGAACCAGAGCCCACCAAAAAUGACCGUGAGGGACCUCAGUGAGACCAGUCCCUUGGCUCCACCUUCGUCUUGCAGAGCCAGCUGACUUCAGCUUACUGGAAACCUAGAGCCCACGGGCUCUCCGAGCCUCAGCCACUCGGGAGGCUGAGAUGGAUGGCCAGCUUGAGCCCUGGCCCCAACCUGAGCUGUUUAGAGACUGGGGAGGCUCCAUCCAGAAGGCGUCCAUCUGGGCCUUUCCUUUGGAGUGACUGGGAAAAACUCACUACUCUGCCACUGGGUGGAGAGAGGUGUCAUCCGGCC